UUCCGUUACCCCCGCCACUUCUCUUCUAGGGUUUUUCCUAGGGUUUUAGUAAGCUCACACCCAAAAUCAAUCGCGAUGGCUACCAGUCUCCUCGAAACAAGUCCAUUCUCCGAAGAAGAAGACGACGAUGACGAACAAGACCCAAAGAUCGAAGCUUGGGGCGAUUGGGAAUCCGACGGGGACGAAUCGCCUCCCGAUUACUUGUGCUUGCUGUGCGAUUCACGAUUCAAUUCGACUGAGAAUUUGUUCAAUCACUGCAAGUCUCAACAUUUCUUUGAUUUUCAUGGAAUGGUUAGAGAUUUGGGAUUGGAUUUCUACGGUUCGAUGAAGCUCAUCAACUACAUCAGAUCUCAGGUUGCUGGGAACAAAGAUGCCCAGGCUCAUUUGCAUGAGCUGGUUAGAUAUGAGAAGAAUGGGAAGUUAGUUUGGGACGAUGAUGUGUAUCUCAAGCCUUUUAUGGUGGAUGAUGCGCUAUUGCAUAGUUUUCUCGGCGACAACGAUGAUGAUGAUGAUGAUGAUGACUGUAGUGAAAUGAUUAGUAGAGAGGAUGUCAUGAAAGAGUUGGCGAUUGAUGGAGAUUUGGCUGAAAAAGAGGUUUUGAUAGAGAGCAUACGUAAAGAUUUUGAUGAAAUUAUGCCUAAUGGAAGUGGACAUAAGAAUCAGAAAGAUAAGCAACUAAGGGUUUCGGUUGCUAAUGUUGCUGCUAGAGAAAUUAAGAACGUGAAUGAAAACUAUUUUGGAGCUUAUGGCUCUUUUGGGAUUCAUAGAGAGAUGCUCAGUGACAAGGUCAGAACCGAUGCUUUUAGAGAUGCAAUUUUGCGUAAUCCUUCUCUAUUGAAGCAAGCAACUGUUUUGGAUAUUGGUUGUGGCACAGGAAUUCUAAGUCUAUUUGCAGCUCAAGCUGGGGCUUCGAGGGUAAUUGCAGUUGAAGCAAGCAUGAAGAUGGCUUCAGUGGCUACUCAGAUUGCAAAAGAUAAUGGCUUGUUAUCAGAGGAAGGCAGAAAAGGAGAGGAAAAACAGAAUUCUGGUGAAAUCAGUGUAGUGCAGACUAUGGCAGAAGAUCUUGACAAAUGUAUACAAAUUCAGCCUCAUAGUGUCGAUGUGUUAGUGAGUGAAUGGAUGGGCUAUUGUCUAUUGUAUGAGUCAAUGCUUAGUUCAGUUCUCUAUGCACGUGAUCGUUGGUUAAAACCUGGUGGAGCCAUUCUCCCGGAUACUGCGACAAUUUUCAUUGCUGGAUUUGGGAAAGGUGGAACAAGUUUACCCUUUUGGGAAAAUGUGUAUGGUUUCAACAUGUCGUGCAUUGGCAAAGAAGUUGUAGAGGAUGCUGCUAAAGCCCCCAUUGUUGAUGUAGUGGAUAGUAAAGAUAUAGUAACGAAAUCAGCUGCACUCAAGUUCUUGGAUCUGGCGACCAUGAGCCCGGACGAUAUGGACUUCACAGCAACCUGCGAGUUGGAGCUCAAACCCAACCUUCAAGAAACCACCAGCGUCGAAAAAUCAAGAACAGUCUGGUGCCAUGGAAUCGUCCUCUGGUUUGAGACAGGUUUCACGAGCAGAUUCUGCAAAGAGACGCCUGUUGUCCUGUCCACAUCUCCAUACGAGCCAAGAACUCACUGGUCCCAAACCAUCUUCACUUUUCGAGAACCGAUAGCAAUGGCCACAGAAAAUCAUGCCAUCUCUGACUCUGCUGUGGCUGUUGGCUCUGAGGGUUGUCCUGCUGUCAGGAUUAGGUCGAGGAUCAGCAUUGUUCGAUCAUCACAACACCGAAGUAUAGAUGUAUCCAUGGAGACUACUGGGAUUGGCUUUGAUGGCAGGAAAAAUAGUUGGCCAGUUCAAUUGUUCAACUUGUAAUUCAAUUGUAUUUUAGUCAUCUUUGAUCUGAUGAAAACUUGGCAUAUUUGCACUUGUGCGUUGAUAACUGAUUCAUUUUUACUCUUGUAAUUUGAAGUCACGAAACCAGUGUGCAUUGUGCAAGGUCAUACAGAUUUGAAUAAUCUAGUAAAAUAAGGAACCUUGCAUGAAUUCAA